GUGUCAUAUGUGUUUAGGUAAUUUUUCUAUAAUUUAUGUAUAAAAAAGCCACCGAUCUUUAAAAAAUAACACGUUCCCUUAAAUAAGAUAUCAGUGUAACAAAUAUUGUAGAAAAUUGUGUGUUUAUGAGAAAGUAUUCAUUGUUUCUGCGUAUACAAGGAAAUUGGUACCUGGGUGCUGUGUUUUGAGGUCAUACUUUUGGACCCUAGGGUGCAACCUCUAUUAAUCCUUUAACAAAAAAUAAAUUACAGAAAGGUUACAGUACACAACCAUUGAAAAAUGAAUGUAGAAAAUUUCUGAUGGACUGUUAACGUGACCUGGUUAGAGUGAGUACAAAUUUUGCCAUAUGUUUCUGAGAUGGAAAAUGCAGUCCUUUUAUCCAGAUCACACACUGAAAGUGAUGCUGAAAAGUUCAACAACACUAAUUCAAAUGACAAUCAAACAAAGUAUUUAGAAAGAGACAUCAGUAUUCAAAUAAUUGAAAAAUCGGGUUUAAAUAAACACGUGAAGACACAUACUGGUGGUGUACCAUUUGAGUGCGAUGUGUGUGGGAAGUUAUUCAGCCGAUUAGGUAACUUACAGGUCCACAUUAGGAUACAUACAGGUGAAAAACCUUAUGAAUGUGAUGUGUGUGACAAGGCAUUCUCUGAAUUCAGUAAACUACAGUCUCAUGUGAGGACCCAUACAGGGGAUAAACCUUAUAAAUGUCAUGUAUGUGAGAAGGCAUUUAUCCAGUCAGGAACCUUACACAGACACAUAAGGAUACAUACUGAUGAAAAACCUUAUAAAUGUGAUGUAUGUGGAAAGGCUUUUAACCAUUCAGGACACUUACAAAGUCACAUGAGGACACAUACAGGGGAUAGACCAUAUAAAUGUGAUAUAUGUGGAAAUUCGUUCAACCAAUCAGGUACUUUACAGAGGCACAGGAGGACACAUACAGGUGAUAAACCCUACAAGUGUGAUGUAUGUGGAAAGGCAUUCAACCGCUCAAGUACCUUGUACACACACAUUCAGAUCCAUACAGGUGAUAAACCUUAUAAAUGUUAUGUGUGUGGAAAAGGUUUCAGCCAGUCUGGAACUUUGCAGAGACACAUGAGGAAACAUACAGGUGAUUAACAUUAUAGAUGUGAUGUAUGUGGGAACACAUUGAUUCAACCAAUCAGGAGUAUUUAAUAUAGACACGUGAGGAGGCAUACAAGUAAUAAUUAAUCCUUAAGAAUGUGAUAUUCUGGUAAAAGACAGGUUAAAAGCAACUUUUGAGGACACACAGAUGUGGAAAAAACAUGUAAACAUAUUGUUUUGACAUAUUUUUAAUUCAAAUAUUAUAUUUUGUGAAACCUUUCAAGUAAAAAGAGGCAUUAAGUCAGUAAUAAAGCCUACCAUACAUGUUUCUAUC